UUCUUUAGAUGAAUGACUAGUCUCGUUCACUUAUUUAUAAGACGUUUAUAAUAUAACUGAGUAGGAUCUGGUAUACAAAACUAUUGGAUAAUGCAGCAUGCUUAAUAUCUUACACCAUCCCACUGUUCUUAAUUGUUCUAAGUACUACAAGCAUAUGAAAAGCUAAAUAUAAUUAAUCACGUGACCAUUACAGAUAUCGAACCCGGAAGUAAAUAGAAAUGUCAUGAUUUCACACUCAAUUUUGAAACUUUCAAAAAGUUGUGCAAGAACUGCAAAAGCUGCUCGAUUGGGGCUACUAGUUGAGCUUUUUAUUCCAAAUUAUACCGUCAGAAUGGCUUCUAGCUCAAGUGAGAUAAAGCGACAGAACUUCGACUAUUUUCUUGUUUUAGACUUUGAAGCAACUUGUGAUAACCCCAAAAACCCAUUUCCUCAGGAAAUCAUUGAACUUCCAAUACUGAAAGUGAAUGGCCAAACAUUUGAGGUAGAAAGUCAGUUUCAUCAAUAUGUACAACCUCGAGUCCAUGCAGAACUGACACCUUUUUGUACUGAGUUGACAGGUAUUAUACAAGAAAUGGUGGAUGGACAGCCUCACAUUGAAGAGACAUUGCAGAGUGUUGACAAGUGGAUGUUAGAGAAUGGUUUACUGGAGCCAGGGGUCAAGUCAGUAUUCGUCACAUGUGGAGACUGGGAUCUCAGAAGAAUGUUACCAUCACAGUGCAAUCAUUUCAACAUCCCAAUACCAACAUAUUUCAAUAAGUGGAUCAACAUUAAAAGAGCAUUUUCUGACUCAACAGGCAUGUGGCCCAGUGGGAUGAUUCCUAUGCUAGAACCCCUUGGUUUACGGCACCAGGGACGACAUCACAGUGGCAUAGAUGACUGCAAGAAUAUCGCCAAUAUCCUCAAAGCUGUGGCUGAGAGAGGACAUGUAUUCCAGGUCACUGGGACAAGCGUUCACCUAAUGACAGUUUCUCUAGAUGACUAAGUAUUAGUGUACCAUUCGAAAAUUGAUAGUGUACCAUUUGAACAAAAGAAGUCUCACACAUUGUACUUUCCACAGCUACAUCUUUGUGGGAUAGGUGUUAUGUAAAAUAUAUUUAUUAUGCUGUUAUGAAAUGCAUAUCUCAUGUCAGAUUUUACAAUGGAAUACUUGUUUUAUGUUUCUUAUCUACAUAUAACUACAGGGUGAAGUCAAUAAGAUGAGUAUAAUGAAAAAAGAAAUAAAAUAUGGAAACUUGUUUGAACCAUUUUCUUGACCUUUAGAGGUCCUUCCCCAACACUAUCAUAAUUUACAGUCAAAUCAAAUCAAAAUUUUCGAAGUUUUAUUCAGUAUCUCUAUUUGGUUUAAAGAAAAUGUGUUCUAGUACUACCACCCGUAUCUCAAUGUUGUACUACACAGUUAUGGAAUACCUCUGCCGUUGAUGAAGA